AUGACAAACGAUCGCGGCCAACUAAGCAAAACUUCUCUAAGAUUCUACAGUCUUGGUGGUGGCAAUGAGGUUGGGCGUUCUUGUCAUAUACUACAGUAUAAAGGCAAAACUGUAAUGUUAGAUGCAGGCGUCCAUCCAGCUCACCAAGGACUCGCUUCACUUCCUUUCUACGAUGAAUUUGACCUAUCCACGGUUGAUGUUCUUCUAAUUUCUCAUUUUCACUUGGACCAUGCUGCUUCCUUACCAUAUGUUAUGCAACGGACAAACUUUCGUGGCAGGGUUUUCAUGACUCAUCCAACAAAGGCCAUUUAUAGGUGGCUCCUCAGCGAUUUUGUUAAGGUGACGAGUAUCGGGUCUACGAGCUUCUCCGACAAAGAUGAGAACCUGUACACUGACGAGGAUUUGGCGGAAUCGUUUGACAGGAUCGAAACAAUCGACUUUCACUCAACAAUUGACGUCAAUGGUAUAAAGUUUGUUGCAUUUCAUGCAGGACAUGUCUUAGGAGCUGCAAUGUUUCAGGUCGAAAUAGCAGGUCUCAAAAUACUAUUUACCGGAGACUACUCGAGAGAAACUGAUAGACACCUCAACUCAGCCGAAGUCCCUCCUUCCUCUUCUGAUGUCCUUAUUGUUGAAUCCACUUUUGGUACAGCGACACAUGAACCGAGAAUUAACAGAGAGAAGAAACUCACUCAAUUGAUCCACUCAACCGUUAUGCGCGGCGGAAGGGUCCUUUUACCAGUUUUUGCUCUGGGAAGAGCACAGGAAAUAAUGCUUAUACUUGAUGAGUAUUGGUCACAGCAUGCCGACGAGCUCGGAAAUGGUCAAGUUCCUGUAUUUUACGCGUCUAAUUUAGCAAAGAAGUGCAUGAGUGUCUUCCAGACAUAUGUUAAUAUGAUGAAUGACGACAUUAGGAAGAAGUUCCGCGACUCUCAGUCAAACCCCUUUAUUUUCAAAAACAUCUCCUAUCUCAAAAACUUGGAUGAGUUUCAGGAUUUUGGCCCAAGCGUCAUGCUUGCGUCGCCAGGGAUGUUACAGAACGGUCUCUCCCGAGACCUCUUGGAAAAGUGGUGCCCCGGUGAAAAAAACCUUGUACUCAUCACCGGUUAUUCGGUUGAAGGUACUAUGGCCAAGUUUAUAAUGCUCGAGCCUGACACAAUUCCAUCAAUCAAUAAUCCAGAGAUUAAUAUACCAAGGCGAUGCCAGAUAGAGGAAAUUUCAUUUGCAGCGCAUGUUGACUUCCGCGAGAAUCUGGAAUUCAUUGAAAAGGUUGGCGCUCGAAACAUUAUCCUUGUUCAUGGCGAAUCUAAUCCUAUGGGGCGCUUAAAGUCCGCUUUGCUGUCAAACUUUUCUGCUUUAAAAAAUACUGAGGAUGAAGUUCGUGUUUUUAACCCGAGAAAUUGCAUAUCUGUUGACUUAGAGUUCAAGGGCGUUAAAGUUGCAAAAGCCAUCGGAAAUAUUGUAGAUGAAGUCAGCAGCACACUUCACGGCCUAAAAGAGCUUGAAAGCAGAAGCGAUGUUAAACCGCAGAAGGAGCACGGAGAAGGCGAUGGGGAGCCUAAAGAUGUUGAAGACGAGACGAUAGUGGCUGGAAUUUUGGUGUCGGAUGAGAAGAACUUUGAUUUGAAUCUUGUAUCUCUUUCUGAUUUGAGAGAUUACCACAUGGACCUUUCAACCACCGUUCUGAGGGAGCGACAAACCGUCAGUAUCGAUUGUAAGAAGGAACUCUUAUACUGGCAUUUAUGUCAAAUGUUUGGCGAUAUGGAGGUUUUAAUAGAUGAUGCCGGAAUAACUCACAAAGGCGAGUCCAAACCAAAUGGCAGUGACGAACUUGAAUUAAAAAUCAUGGGUGAUGUUAAGCUCAACGUUAUCAAAAAUGUUGCAACCCUUGAAUGGUCUCAAGGUAUUAUCAAUGACACAGUUGCCGACAGCAUAAUGGCGAUUUUGUUGAGUGUCGACUCUUCGCCUUCCAGUGUUAAAAUGAGCAGCCGUAGCUGUGAGCACGAUCAUAGCCACGAACAAGAUCAGCACAAUGACCUGUGGAAAAUUAAACAGAUUGCAAGGCUAUGUACCGAGCAAUUUGGGGACUGUUUUAGUUAUAAGCUCGAUGAAAGCGGUCAAGAUAUAAAAGGAUCUAUCACAAUGGGUAAGAACACCGCUGUGAUAAACCUCACACAACUGAAGGUGGAAGAGUGCAAUUCGAACCCUUUGAAGGGUAGAAUCGAGAGUAUACUAAGCAUCGGAAGUGAUUUGGUCGCACCUCUGUGUUAA